AUGGAGGAGCGGUUCCCACCUCCUCCCCACACGAACGGCCGCCAGCACGACAGCGGCGGCGGCAGUGGCGGCAGCGAUCAUCGCGAGGCCAGCCUCGAGCUGGCUCCUGUCCCCAAUCCCGACAGCCCCGAGCACGCAUUCGCCUCCGACACCUACGUCGUCCAGAUCCCCAAAGACCAGAUCUACCGUGUGCCGCCCCCGGAGAACGCCUUGAUUGUCAAGCGCCACCGGAAGCCCACGGAGCCGAAAAAGCGGUCGUUUUGUUGUUCUUCUUGUUGCUGUUGGCUCUUCUUGGCCAUCAUCGUGAUUGUCCUCGUCUUCGGCAUCCUCGCCAUUGUUUCCUCCGUUUUCCUCAAGCUGAAAAACCCUAAUUUCCAUGUCGACCAUUUCGUCGUGAAGGACCUGACGAAGUCGCAUGAUAAAAAUACUAAACUCGUGUACGACGUCAAGUUGAAGGUCGAGAACCCGAACACGUAUUCGAGCUUUACCUACAAGCAAGGGGGGGCUGUCUCGCUCGCCUUCAAACAAAAGGCGAUCGCGACGGGAAAGUUCGUGGCAUUCGACCAGGACCGGAAGACAUCGAAGGCCGUUGACAUCGUCCUCAAAGGAUCAAAUACUGCAUUACCUAAGGAGAUGCAAAAAAGCUUGAGGAGCAAAAAGACCAAGAAUCACUUGACGUUUGCAUUGCAUGUGGACGCUCCGGCUAGAAGGAAGAUUGGGAUAAUAAAGGGUUCGAGCUCAAGGUUUGUUGCUUCGUGCCAAUUCACGGUCGACAAACUGGGAAAAGAUGCUCGUGUUCUUUCCCAGAAAUGCCAAACGGAGCGCAAGGACUCUUGA